UGUAGUUGAGUCUACGCUUGGAAGACUUAGCACGUUGUCCACAUAAACAAAGUGUUUUAGACAAAACAAUUCUUAAUACCUCCCGAGUUGAAUUCAUUAGAAAUCAGAAUGGAUUUCGAUCGCGUGCUAGAGAAGUGUGGAAACUUUGGCAGAUUUCAGUUUGUCAUACUCAUUCUCUAUGGCUACACGAAUAUUCUGAGCUCGUUGCACUAUUUCUCCCAGACUCUCAUUACUUUUACACCUGAGCAUUGGUGUUCCCAUGACGAUUUGAUGGGCCUAAGUGCUACGGAACUGCGUUCCAUUUACUCCAAUGUCUCGCACUCAUCCUGCACUCCCUAUUCGGAGGUGGUCAAUGGAACCAGUGGGACUUCGGAGGUGGAGAUGUGUCAGGACUGGAUCUUCGAGCGGGAAAAUGGCUACGAAAGUCUGACGACCGAACUGAAAUGGGUCUGCGACAAGUCGCACCAGCCUGCAGUGGGUCAGUCGUUCUUUUUCCUGGGAUCCGUGGUGGGCACCAUUACCUUUGGAUUUCUUUCGGACCGAAUCGGCCGAUUGCCCGCCAUGCUAAUGGCGGCCUUAUCCGGUGCCAGUGGUGACUUUAUGACCUCCUUCGUACAUACACUACCCUGGUUCGCCUUCUCCAGAUUCGUGUCGGGAUUGUCAACGGAUACCAUGUACUAUCUUAUGUACAUUUUGGUCUUCGAGUACCUGAGUCCCAAGCGCCGCACUUUUGGGCUGAAUAUCAUUUUGGCCGUGUUUUACUGCUUAGGUCUGGUGAGCUCGCCCUGGCUUGCCAUGUGGAUCGGCAAUUGGCGUCACUACCUCUGGCUGGCAUCUUUGCCAGCUCUUGGAGUUCUCAUAUAUCCUCUGCUGAUCUGUGAAAGUGCCCAGUGGCUUCUUACCAAGAAGAAGUACGAUGAAGCGGUGGCCUGUCUGAAAAAAGUGGCCAAGUUUAACGGUCGCCAGGUGGAGGACUCCGUGUUCGACGAGUUCGUGAAGCACUAUCGCGAGAAGAUGAACGAGGAGAGCAAGAUGAACAAGCAGAUGGACACCUUCCUGGGGAUGUUUAAAACUCCCAGGCUGCGUAGAUUUACCACCACGCUGCUGGUCAAAUCGGUCAUCAUAACGUUGUCCUACGAUGUGAUCAACAGGAAUAUGGAAGGCCUGGGCAGCUCGCCCUUCAAGCUCUUUUCAAUAACCUCCACUGUUUAUUUACCAGCCGGAUUUGCCAUCUUGCUGCUGCAGAACAAGAUCGGUCGCAAGGGAAUGGCUUGUGGAGCUCUGCUGGUGGGUGCCAUCAUCACCGCCGCUACAGGAUUCUUGAUCGCCGUGUUGGAUCCCAAUGAGAACGCCGUCUUGAUGACUUUCAUGGUAGCACUAGGUCGCUUUGGCACCACAGUUUCCUACGAUGCGGAGAUCCAAUAUGCGGCGGAGAUCAUUCCAACCAGUGUUCGUGGACAAGCGGUGUCCAACAUCCAUGUGGUAGGAUUGGCCUCCAGUUCGCUGGCCUUUUAUGUCAUCUACAUGGCUCAAUAUUACAAGCCACUGCCCUCGAUUUUCAUCAGCAUCCUGAUGUUCCUGGGCGCUCUUCUCUGCCUUACCCUUCCAGAAACUCUACACAAGAAACUUCCCGAAACCCUGGCUGAUGGCGAACGCUUUGCAAUGAACGAGAGCUGCCUCUACUUCCCUUGCUGCCACAAACGCCGCGAAAGUCUGACCAACCAAGAAGAUCCUAACCACAUAACCUGAUGAUGGAGCCAUCGAAGUGUUGACUCCUGUAACCGAAUGGUCUGAUAGUUAUUACUCAUGUGAAGAAUACAUAGUAAUUAAACCAAAACCGUUGUUAAGAACGCAUUUAUCUAACCCUAUAUAUUCAAAACAGAACUGGUAUUCAUGUAUUAUGUACUCUUUUUCUUUCACAAUAAAUGUAUAUAUGAAAAAUA